CCAUCUCAUCACAGAUUCAGUGUUCUCGAAGACAGUUAUUUACCGGAGCCUCCAAAACCCAGCCUUUCCUAAGUACCCCCUUUCCUAUGCUCUACCUGAGAAGAGUGUUGUUUCCCCGUUCUCCACUCAGCAAGUGCAUGUUGCAUAGGGGUUUAAGAUCUAUAUUGUACUCCACAUUCUGGGCCAGUAGUUUACCAGGCAGCAGAUAUUGUCACCACCCAUGUGUAUACAAUCAUGCACAUGCACAUACAAUAAUGAUAAAAUGGAAAAUGCCACAAGUGUGUUUAUACAGUGGUAUUAGGGUAGGGCUAUCAGGUGAGCUAUAAGGAGGCAGGGGACUCGGUAGCAUUUAGAUGUUUUAUCUCGUUAGUUUUAGGGUUGGUGGAGGCUGUCUUCAUUCCAAACGUUAAAGAUGUUAAGCCAGAUUACAAAGGUGGAUUGUAAGUGGUGAUGGAAAGGGGCAGGAGGUAGUGCAAGAUGAUGUGGGUUCUUAGAAUGAUCCGCCUUUCAUGAAGUUCUACUCAAGCCCGCUGCAGGGUCUUUAUGCAGGUGCAGUUUCUUCAGAGAACCUGCGUACACAGCACUGAUCAUUACAGAUCAGCAGCAAGCAGUUCUCAUUCUGCACGCCCUAGAGCGUCGUUCUCCAUGGUCCUAUGAGAGGGAGACAAACUGAGAGUUUUAUCCCUAUCUUGGCCACAUCUCAAACUGGCUUUGCAGCAUAUGGCCUCUUUUUGAGGCUGAGUGGUUUGAUCAGCAAGCUUCUUGGAGCAUGGAAAAGUGCGGGUCUACGUUAUGAUUUAUGUUUGUACAUUGCCUGUCUUGGCUGGUGCUUGCAUACCUUGUCACAUGUAACCAACAGCAGCUACUAUUCAGUGUGGACAUUCUGGUUUCAAGCCCCUUCUCUGAGUGCUUGAAAUAAGCUCAUUAGCUGCAAGAAUCUUGGUACACACACCCAUUUAGGUUUCUUAGGUACGUCUCGUCUCCAGAUUACUGUAGCCGCAACUUUAUCAACUUGUUGUGUCUCAUUCAUUGACCAUUAGUGUCUGAUAAACCUUUUCUGCCCAGACUAGUUUUGAGUUCUGCUUGAUCUCCUAGCCAGUGUUUGAGGAAGCUGCUCGUUUUUAGCUUGUGUGCCAAUGGACGUGGACCAGUUUAUGAUGCAAAAGUAGCUCCUCAAAUCUUGACGUCUUAAAGUUUUACAAGAUUUCUUCCUUGAGCUCCUGACACACUAGCUAGGGUUUCUCUGUGUUGUGUUCACGUGAACAAGAUAGCUACCAUUUUGAGCAUCCCUGGUGACUUUGAUAGAAGGAAAUAAAGUCUGCCUGCCAUGUGCUGGCUGUUGAAAUUGUCACCUGAUAUUCCUUUUUUUCUUACCUCCCCUCCCCACAGUGAAAUCACAUGGUUGUCAUAAACAACUUCAUCGGAGGUGGAAUGAGGAGGCUCAGUGAAGCCUGCCUUACACCCGGGAAGAGGCAGGAAUCUAGGGUCUGCCGCACCCAAGGAGCCAGGUCACGUUUCUCCCAUGGUUCUCAUCAAUUUAUGUAGGUAUCGCAUCAGGCAGUAGAACACAGCAGGGAAGAAAGCAGACUCGUCUCCUGGCGCAUCUAUCCAUCCGGCUACAGCUCGCGAUGUCUUCUGGCUUCACUGUAUACGGAGCUGGGGUCGCAAUCGUUUUGAUGUGCAGUUUUUACAAGUCAACUGAAGACUCUCUCCCCGAACUGAGUCCUCAGCAAUAUUUCAGCACGCUGCAGCCAGGAAAAGCCUCUUUAGCUUAUUUCUGUCAAGUUGGUUCGCUAAGUAACUCUGUGUUUCUUGAAGAACUAAAAGAAGCCGUUAGGCCUCUCCAGGACUAUGGGAUUUCCGUCUCAAAGGUUAACUGUGUCCAGGAAGAAGCGUCAAGGUACUGUGGGAAAGAAGAGGGUUUGAUGAAAGCGUAUUUAUUCAGAGGCAACAUACUGCUCAGGGAAUUCCCCACGGACACCUUGUUUGACGUGAAUGCCAUCGUCGCCCAUGUUCUCUUUGCUCUGCUUUUUAAUGAAGUGAAAUAUGUAACCAUCCUGGAAGACCUUCACAGCAUAGAAAAUUCUCUGAAAGGGAAAGCAGAUAUGAUAUUCGCAUACGUGGAAGCCAUCGGAACACCAGAGCACAGAGCAGUCAUGGAAGCCGCUUUUGUGUAUGGGACCUCCUAUCAGUUUGCCUUAACCACAGAAAUUGCCGUUUUAGAAAAUAUCGGCUCUGAGAACAUACAACGUGCACAUCUCUACUUUUUCCAUUGUAAACUGACCUUGGACUUGACCGAGCUUUGCAGAAGAACACUAAUGGAGCAACCGUUGACUACACUGAAUAUUCACGUAUUUGUGAAGACAAUGAAAGCACCUCUGUUGACGGAAGUGGCUGAAGAUCCUCAGCAAGUUUCAACCAUUCAUCUACAACUAGGAUUACCACUGGUUUUUAUUAUCAGCCGACAAGCUACAUAUGAAGCCGACAGAAGAACUGCAGAGUGGGUGGCCUGGCAUCUUCUGGGGAAAGCAGGUGUUCUGCUGCUGUCGAGGGACUCUGUGGAUGUGAACAUUCCUCAGCAUGCUAAUGUGGCCUUCAGAAGAGCAGAGAAGGAAGCGCCUGUGGAAUUUCUGGUGUUAGAUGAUGUUGAUUUAAUAAUUGCCCACGUGAAAAAUAAUAUGUACGUUGAAGAAAUACAGGAAGAUGAGGAUGGAGAUGAGGAAGGCCCAGAUCUGGCUAUUCAAGAUGAUGAAGUGGAGGAGACUGUUUUCAGGGAUAGGAAGAGACCGUUACCUUUGGAGCUGACAGUGGAGUUAACACAGGAAACAUUUAACUCGACAGUCACGACUUCUGACAGCAUAGUGCUCUUUUAUGCUACCUGGCAUGCAGUAUCCAUGGCAUUCCUGCAAUCCUAUAUUGAUGUGGCUAUUAAAUUGAAAGGCACAUCCACUAUCCUCCUCACUAGAAUAAACUGUGCAGAUUGGUCUGAUGUAUGUACGAAGGAAAAUGUCACUGCAUUUCCUGUGGUAAAGUUGUAUAAGGAAGGUGAGAGCCCAGUGUCUUACACGGGCAUGUUGGGAACGAAAGAUCUCCUGAAGUUUAUUCAGAUAAACAGGAUCUCCUGCCCAGUGAACAUAGCAUCCAUCCAAGAAGCAGAAAAAUACUUACAUGGGGAGUUAUAUAAAGACCUGUUCAGUGUUACUAGUGUGUCAGUACUGGGGCUCUUCAGUCCAGCCAUGACAUCAGCAAAAGAACAUUUCAGGGAAGCGGGGAAGCAGCUGAGAGGCUCUGUCAUCACGGGAGUUUAUUCUGAGGAUGAUGUUUGGAUACUGUCAAAUAAAUAUGCCGCAACUCUCCCAGCCAUGCUGCUGGCCAGGCCCAGAGAAGGUAGAAUAGAGAGUGUUCCACUGGCCUCCACCCCAGUGCAAGACAUGGUUGAGAUCCUAGCAAAUGCGCCCCUGGAAGCAUUUCCAGAAAUCACUGUGGAGAAUCUUCCCGCAUACUUCAGACUUCAGAGGCCGUUGCUUAUCUUGUUCAGUGAUGGCAGCAUAAGCCCUCAGUUUAGGAGCACAGCUCUAGCGCUGGUGAGACGGAAGCAGUUGGAUUCCUUCACCCCCUGCUGGUUAAAUUUAAAGAAUACUCCUGUGGGGAGGGGAAUCUUGAAGGCAUAUUUUGGCCCUCUGCCCCCGCUUCCUCAGCUGCUUUUGGUGAAUCUGCACUCAGGUGGUCAAGUGUAUGCAUUUCCUUCAGCGCAGUCUGUAACGGAACAAAACCUGAUACUGUGGCUUGAGAGAUUAGAAGCGGGACUAGAAAAUCCUAUCACGAUUUUAUCGGCUCAGGAAUGGAAACCUCCUCUUCCAGCUUUUGAUUUUCUAAGUAUGAUGGAUGCUCCUACAUCUCAAGCUCCUGCAAAGAAAGUUCCGGAGUGUAUGAAUGAAGCAGAGGUGCGGGAGAGUGCUGAGCAGCCACAGGGAGGUAAAUCAACAGCCAGAAGAGAGCCGGUUGAGAUGCUCAGGAUAAAGCGCUGGAACAAGAGUAACUGGCCGAAAGAAGCGGAAGAGCCUCUGCAGCUCCACAAGGAGUUAUGAUCGGACCUCUGGGGCUGGCCUCUCUGUGGCCCGAGAAACUCAAGGUUGAUUCUGUUAAGGAAUAAUACUAAAUCAUGUCAUGUCUAGACACGUGCCGUUCAAUGGAUUGCAGUACAAAUCACAUAUGUACAGUUUCUUAGUAGCUACACUUCAAAACCAUAAAAUGAGCAGGUAAAAUUGGUUUAAACUGUAUUUCAUCCAGUAAGUAAACCCAGAUAGCUUAAUUAAUAUAAAGAUGCUGAGAGAUUUACUUUUUCUAUGUGAAUUCCUCAAAAUACAGUGCUUUUUUUGUACUCAAUGCCAUCCCUCACUAAAGAGAGCCAUGUUUCCAGGGCUUAUUUGUCACAGGUGUUAUGUGACUGUUGUAUUGGGUCGCUCACUGUCAGACAAACACCAGUAUAAUUCACCUAGUUCUAGCCAUGAUGUGUAUUUGAAUCAAAACUGGGGUGUAACUCUACUGCAUCACCAUUGACUCUACAGUGGAAUCAUAGCUGGCAGUUGUAUUUCUUUUCUUGUAGUCCUGGAAACCAGUACUUUCCAGUUCUGCCCCUAGGGAUGUUUGUCAACAUGAAGAGACAGUUUCAGUACCGUGACUUAGGGAUACUACUGACAUCAUAGUACAGAGGUUGGGGUGCUCUUAAGCACCCUACUUGGAGAGCUUCCCCCAUCAAAGAAUAGUCUUUCCCGUAAUGUCAGGAGUGCCACGGCUUCCUAAUCCUGUGUCCACUUAGCACAGUGGGAUCGCAGUGUCUUCUAUGUUACAUUAAAAAUGAAUGGCUGUCUUA